GCGGGCGGCGCGCUGUCCCCCCUCGGGCGGCGGCUUGAUGGUGUCGGCCGGUUGGGGAGCUCCGGGCUCCGGGUUUGAACCGGCAAACUCCUCCAGCAGGCCGGGGCGAGCGCCAGGGCGGCUGCGAGGGCGAUUCCCACUGGCACCAGGUGACACACAGACACGAAACCAUGGUUCAGCAGCUGCUCUACCGGGCACUGGUCUCCACCAAGUGGCUGGCGGAGUCAGUCCGGACCGGCAAGCUGGGGCCCAGCCUGCGCGUGCUGGACACCUCCUGGUACCCACCGGGCACCCGCGAGGCCCGCAGGGAGUACCUGGAGCGCCACGUGCCUGGCGCCUCCUUCUUUGAUAUAGAGGAGUGCCGGGACACGACAUCGCCCUACGAGAUGAUGCUGCCCAGCGAAGAGGGCUUUGCUGACUACGUGGGCCGCCUGGGCAUCAGCAACAACACGCACGUGGUGGUCUACGACGGCGACAACCUGGGCAGCUUCUAUGCGCCACGGGCCUGGUGGAUGUUCCGUGUAUUUGGCCACCGCACCGUGUCAGUGCUCAAUGGAGGCUUCCGGAACUGGAUAAAGGAGGGCCACCCGGUGACCGCCGAACUCUCAAACCCAGAACCGGCCAAGUUCAAAGCCACACUGGACCACUCCCUGCUCAAGACUUAUGAGCAGGUGCUGGAGAACCUCAAAUCUAAGAGGUUCCAGCUUGUGGAUGCACGGUCCCAAGGGCGGUACCUGGGCACUGAGCCGGAGCCAGAUGCAGUAGGACUUGACUCGGGUCACAUCCGCGGCUCGGUCAACAUGCCGUUCACAGACUUCCUGACGGUCGAAGGCUUUGAGAAGAGUCCCGAGGAGCUCCGCACCAUGUUUGAGGCCAAGAACGUGGACCUCACGCAGCCCCUCAUUGCCACGUGCCGGAAGGGCGUCACCGCCUGCCACGUGGCCCUGGCCGCCUAUCUCUGCGGCAAGCCCGACGUGGCGGUCUACGACGGCUCCUGGUCCGAGUGGUUCCGCCGGUCCCCGCCAGAGACCCGUGUGUCCCAGUGGAAGGGCGAGAAGGCCUGAGCGUGGGGCCCUCAUCCGCAUGCCCCUGACUCAGGCCAGUUUAGAGACCCCGGCACCACCUGCAACUGGUCCACAUCUCUCUAGCAAAGGAAAUUGAUGCAUUUUUGGAAUUCCUGUGUAAAGAUCUCCCUUUCCUUUCCUGAACAACACUGGAAUAAAUUCUGCUCUUUCUGAGUAGCUGUGUUCAUCCA